AGCCAUUUCUGUUUUUUCUUUCGCUUGUAAAAUAAAAAAAGUAUUUUUUAUACAAUUGUAAAUUCAAAUGUAUUAUAAUUUAAUUGAGUUAGAAAAACUUAAGUGGGUGUAAAAUAUAGAAUCGAUUCUAUAAUUAAUAAACUAAUUGUGUAUUGCACUUUGCAAUGAAGAGGUUUGUAUAAAUAUUGUGCGAGGAAAAAGGAUCCACAAUUUCAAAGGGCGUUUGAAACAAAAUAAAACUGAACCAAAAGUAAGCUAUUAAAGAAGUCCAAAAUGACACAAUACCUACCGCCAAAUUUAUUGGCACUAUUUGCCGCACGGGACCCCAUACCGUUUAUGCCGCCGGCUGAUAAGUUGCCGCAUGAAAAGAAAUCUCGAGGUUAUUUGGGUGUAGGUAAUUUCCUCAAUGACUUCGAAGACCCCAAGGAUACCCCACCACCCAAAAAGAUGGAGACACGCCAAGAGCGUCUCGAAAGGCGGCGACGAGAAAAAGCUGAACAGGUAGCGUAUAAACUGGAACGUGAAAUAGCACUUUGGGAUCCUCAAGAAAUUAAAAAUGCAACAGAAGACCCCUUUCGCACUUUGUUUGUGGCUCGUGUCAAUUACGAUACAUCAGAGUCGAAGUUGAGAAGAGAAUUUGAAAUUUAUGGUCCUAUCAAGAAAAUAGUUAUGAUCACCGAUCCGGAGACUGGUAAGCCCAAGGGUUACGCUUUUAUUGAGUAUGAACAUGAACGUGACAUGCAUGCUGCUUACAAACAUGCUGAUGGCAAAAAAAUUGAUGGUAAACGAGUGUUAGUGGACGUGGAAAGAGCUAGGACUGUUAAAGGAUGGUUGCCACGACGCUUAGGUGGUGGCUUGGGUGGUACUCGUCGUGGAGGCAACGAUGUUAACAUUAAACAUUCGGGUCGUGAAGACAACGAACGGGAACGUGAACGUUAUCGCUUGGAACGUGAAAGAGAAGAUCGCGAGAAUGCUCGAGUCAUUGAGAGAGGUGGUCCACGAUUUGGCGAAGGUGUUCGCCGUCGGUCACGUUCAAGAGAUCGUGUGCGAGAAAGAGAACGUGAACGACCCCGCCGUUCACGCAGUAGGUCACGUGAGCGUAGAAAGCGUCGCGGUAGUCGUGAACGCGAAUACGACGACUACGAAAGACGUGAUCGGCGUGAAAAAGAUCGCGAACGUGAUCGUGAACGCGAUCGCAAAAAGAAACGCUCCAAGUCACGCGAAAGAGAUCCAUCACGUGAACGACGCGAAAGAAAACGUGAACGACGUGACAAAGAACGUGAACGUGAUCGUCGUGACAGCAAGGAACGUAAGCCAGACUUCCGUGAAAUGGAUAUUAUAAAGAUUAAAGAAGAGCCCAUAGACGAUGGAUAUCCAACAUAUCCAAUGUACCCAACAGCCUCCAUAAAGCGCGAAACUGACGAAGAGAAAGAAGAAAAAUUCCGACCACCACACGAUAUGUUCAGUGUGCCUCCACCACCCAUACCUGGUCGUAGUGGAGCAAGUGGCUCCAAUGAGAAUGGUCAAAAUACCGGUGACAGCCAACAAUCAUGGUGGCAUUAAAACAAUCAUACAUAAUAUUGUUAGUCCUGUAAGGCUUGAAUUUCUCUAUUUGAACAUUAUUUAUUACAGUAACAUCAAUAACAACUUAACACCCACAAAAGAAAAUGGAAAUUGAUUGUUACAUUUAAAACGACAAACAAAAAAUAUUUUAUUAUGUAUCAUUUACAUUAGUUUCAAUUUGCUCCUACCAAUUUGGUAAAAACAAGAUUUGAUAGUUUUAGUUUUUUAACAGAAGACAAAAAAUGAAAUUUGAAAAUACUAUUUGAUUUUACUAAAUCUUUUUUUUAUUUGUUUUCAACAACCCUAGCCUGUAUUCCAUAAUCGGUUAUAAAAUGUUUUCUAUUGCUUUAUGUGAUAUAUACAUACCCAGAUGAGAUGUGUUCAAAAUUUACUUUUAAAUCAUAAAUAUAAGUGUUUUUUGGCACAAUCACCUAUACUUAUUAUAUAUGUUGUUGUUGUGAUUCUGCGAAAGUUCACAUUUUCGCAAAGUUAAAAACCGUUGAAGUCAAUUACCUUACUAUUGAAUAAGAAACUCAAAUGUGUUUUUAAAAAUAGAUUGUGAAGAAAUGUUAAACUGUUCUUAACAAUAAUAUGGAAGCCUAACAGGUGAAGCAAACCAAAACUUGCUUUUGAUAUAAAAUCAAGUAAUAGCAAAUUAAACUUAUUUUCAAUGUAUGGUAUAAAGUACUUAGCAUACCGGCUUGUUUUGUAAUUCUGGGUAUUUAUAUUACGUACAAUCUUCUUACUAUUAUUUAUACAAUUGUGUUUCAAAUUUCAUUUAAUUGUAAUGUUUUCUACAAAAAAUAAGCUUUUAAUUUUACAUAUUAAAAAAGAUUUUAAAUGUUCUUGAUUUUAUAUUCCUUAAAAAUAAUUCCUACCAUAAAAAUGCACAAAAAUAUGUGAUUUUCGGUGAUUUUUUAAAAGCUUAUUUUACAUAGAAAAAAAUCUUAUUCUUAAACAAAAAAAAAAAAUAGUUUAUAACAAAUGUAAGAAAUUUAAAUAUUAAGUAAUGAAUCCACAUUGUGUGUGAGUGUGAACAAAAACAAAAAGUAAGUAAAAAAAGAAAAAUAUAAGAAAAUAAACCUC